AUGUUCACGCAUUCGCAUGCUAUUAGGUCCGGUCUCGGUGGGCGCCUCCGACAGUCCCACGAUGAACACAUAAGUUACCGUUACAAUGCCCAAUACAUCAUCUCGGCAGAAUUUGACAACAAAGUGGGACCGGUUAUUAAGCACCAACACCCAAAACCUUUGGCGGGAUUCAAAAGCAGCACCUCAAGGUCUGCGUCAGUGAAUUUAGCUAGUCUGAUGAUACCGAACAGCGCCGAAUCCCGGCCCGAUGUGGCUGAUUUCACAGUCUUCAUACUCUACAAGGAUAAAUACACGCGAAACUAUCAUGUAUUUCCCAUUGCUGAUUCCAAGCUACCUCAAAACGAUGCUCGGUCUCCAACCAUUUUAGAGGAGGAUGAGCCGCAGUCUGGCCUCGCCGGCGAAGCCUCGACUAACCACAAUGCAGACACGAAGGAACCUCCACUUUUUUUCUUGAGUGUUGUAAACGCGCUCCACGAUAAGUCCAACGACCGCGGCGCAACCAUUAAAUCAAUAGCGCUUGGCACAACAAUGCAGAACUUCAUAAUAUUCAAGCCCCUUCUGGCUAUGACCCUGGACCUGUAUAUGCGGUCGAACGACGAUCCGCGGCUUCUGAUUGACUGCUUUAACAUGAUUAACAGUCUUGAUCUUUCGUUCGCCAAAAGAACCUUGGCCAACGCCUCACUCCAGAAUUUACUGAAUUCUAUCAGCGACGAGAAUCUUAUUGCAGAAAUUUUUAACCCAAUCAAGCAGAACCUCCAGAACAUAUUGCAUUUGAAUACGCUUCCGAAAGCUGACGUUUUUGGUAACAAAAUAAGCUUUAAGCGACAUUUGGUCGAAUAUCAGUUUACAAAAUUCAAGCCCACGCUGCUUCCGCCUGCACUCUCGCGCAUUUCACUCCAAAUUGACUUGAUCAAUUUCGAUCCGGUUAAGGUCAACAUCAACUACAACGAUCACGUACUGAAGUUUCUUCUCAAAUUCAUCCCUCAGCUGGAUGAACUGCCGCGCUCGCGCUUCUCUUGGAGACUUUUUGUGAACUCUACCAAGCUCCCAAAAGACACUCUCUGCCAGUUCAUACUGUCAUUAUCCAACUUUAUCAAGCAUUUUGACUUUCAUUAUUUCGAAAACGCUCAAGUAAUAAUAUUCCCCUACAUGGACAUAUCGUUUCUUGACGCAUUAAGAGAGCAGUUAGUGCUUCAAAACGGGCGACGAAUGUUCACGAUCGUUGGAGUGAGCAAUCCUAUUUUUGAAUAUCAAAAAGAUGUAUGGGACUUUUAUUACGACAUGGACGCUGGGUCUCUUCAAACACGGGUCAGCAGCAUGCAAAGCGUAGCAUCUCUUCAGAGUAUUUCUCAAGAGACAGCGAAAUCAUCAAAAAAAAUGAAGAACAUAUUUCAAAAAAGAGCGUCAUAUGCUAUGCCUCUCACAGUGCCUUCAAAAAAGUGUGGUCUUACUUGGAAAAUGAUAAACUACCUUGUCAAUGAACGGCACGAUAAUGAAACGGUCUUGAACGUUUUCAAACGCAUUAACAUUCUGCAGCUACUGAGUCUUCUGAAAGACAUCGACAAUCGACCUCAAGCAGAGGCGGAGCUGAGCUUGAAGGAUGAUUACGUGGUAACCUAUCGAGACUUCAUCAUAUUCCCUGAGUUCUUUGAAUACGGUACCCUCAAACUCAUUAGAUGUUUUGCACAGCUUGAGCAGGAUCUGAAUUACAUUUUGUUUGAUGGGAAAAAGUCAGGAGGUGGCAACAACUACAAUGUUCUGGAGAGUAUAUUUGCAUCUCUUAAACAAAUAAACAAGUUCAUGGCAUCAAGCACCGCAAAUACUGACAAAUUUUUCAACAUUGGAUUAAAUUUCCCAUUAACGGCCAUACAAAGAGAAGAAAGCCUUACCAGGAAGGACUUCUUGGACGUUGAUUUGGAAAAAUAUUUUAGUGAGCUAAAGAUGAGAAACUGCAUGGAAAUGUUAGAUUCACACCAUAAAGGAGUGGUCGAUUAUUUUGCAAUGAAGAGGUUCCAAAGGCUACUUUUUCUCCCACUUCUGAUUGACCCUGAAAUAGAAUACUGUUCUGAUUAUUCUAGUCGUUUUGGUCUAGCGGAUGCAGCUCACGAAGACAGCGGCUCUAACAUCAAAAGGAUACUUAUGUCAGAAAUUAGUCUUUCUCCUAUGUCAAGCAUUUUCAAUGACGACAGUCUGUUUAGAGAUGGCAAUUUCGAAGACCUUAAAAGCCGGACUUUGUCUUCGAAAAGUGGAAGUAUUGGAAGAGAUUCUUUUCGAGAUCGGUCUGAACUCAUAGUGCCCAAAAUAAGAAGCGCAUGCUUAGCCAUCGUUCAUCGAACACAAAAGCAUGCCGUAGGAAGGCUUCUACUGGAGUACAAACUGAAUCCAAUGUUCCAGUCAAUUUUUGCAUCAUUAAGGGAAGAAACAAUUUCCAAAAGAAAAAGCGAUAUUGAGAAGCGCGAUAGCCUUCGAAAGAUCCAAGUUUCAGCCCAUGAAGUUAACAUGAAUGUAUCCCCGAGCAGAAGGAACUUAUUAAACGAUCUCAACGCGAUUUCGCAACAGCAGGACGACAUUAAAUCUAAAAUGGCAUCGGAAGGGAAACCUGCUAGGGCCAGCAUUCUUAGUACACUCAACCGCUUAACAUCAGGGCUUGACGAAAUGGAAAUUUAA